AAAUAAUCACCUAUUUUUUCUGAAAUGUCAUCGGUAGGCAUCGACUAUGAUGUUUAUAUUAUUUAUCGAUCCACUCUAAUGUCGCUUUUGAAAUGGCCGACGUUUAGGGGGAGUGUCUAGCGGAAAUCGAAUUUCUGAGUAAUUUUUACCAGAUAAGACUAGUACACCUCAUACAUUCCAAAUUUAAAGACUGACAAACUUUUUUUAAAAAGUGGAUAAUCAUGGCUUGGCGUUUCAAAGCCUCUAAGUAUAAAAAUGCGGCACCGAUUGUGCCUAAGCCAGAGGCAUGUAUUCGGGACAUUUGUGUUGGAUCAUAUCAGACUUAUGGGAACAACAUUUGUGCGUCUGCUGCCUUCAUGGCGUUCAACUGGGAGCAUGUUGGGUCGAGCAUGGCUGUGCUUCCCCUGGAUGACUGCGGGAGGAAGAGCAAGACAAUGCCUCUGCUGCAUGCUCAUUCUGACACCAUAACUGACAUGGAGUUUUCACCCUUCCAUGACGGCUUGCUGCUCACAGGAUCACAGGAUUCCUUGGUAAAAAUAUGGCACAUUCCGCCCGAAGGUUUGAAGGAGUCGCUGUCGACUCCGGAGUGUACGUUGUCUCAGAAGCAGCGUCGCGUUGAGAAUGUUGGCUUUCACCCGGUGGCUGAUGGUCUGAUACACGUCGCCUCCGGCCAUGAACUCGCUCUUUGGGACCUUACUAAGCAGAAAGAGGCUUUUGUGAACAGAGACCACGGUGAGGUGAUACAGUCUACCUCGUGGAAGAAGGAUGGCAAGUUGCUGGCGACUUCUUGCAAAGACAAGAAGGUGCGCAUCAUAGACCCGAGGGCGGCCACCGCUGUGGUGGAUGUAGCCAACAGCCACCAGAACAUUAAAGACAGCAGGAUUGUGUGGCUCGGAGAUCAGGAUAGAAUAUUGACUACUGGUUUCGAUUCAGCCCGUCUCCGUCAGAUAAUGAUCCGUGAUAUCCGCAACCUAUCACAAACGCAGAAGACCUUGGAGCUGGACUGUUCCACUGGGAUCCUGAUGCCACUCUUCGAUCCUGAUACCAACAUGCUGUUCCUAGCUGGGAAGGGAGAUACCACAAUCUUGUACAUGGAGCUUACGGACAGGGAACCUUACCUCAUUGAAGGAUUGAGGCAUUCUGGUGAACAAACUAAGGGUGCUUGCUUGGUACCGAAGCGAGCUCUUCGCGUGAUGGAAGGCGAAGUGAACAGGGUGCUACAACUGGCCGGGUCCUCGGUCGUGCCUAUUAUGUACCAAGUGCCAAGAAAGAGUUAUCGCGACUACCACGCAGACUUGUACCCUGAUACAACUGGCUCGGUGACGUACCUCAGUGCUCCGAUGUGGCUCGAUAACCAGGACCAUCCAGUACCCAACAUUUCUUUGCACCCAGACGCUAAUAAUGGCACACAGAUUCACCGCGGGAAUUUAGAAGAAAUGGUUAAGGCUAUAUUGGCAAUGCCUCCACCGAAGAAGACCGAUUCGAAGAAGAUGGCGCCGGCACCAGUUCAGAUCGAAGAACCUGUGAAAACUGUAACGAAACCACCACCAGAACCAAAAGACGAAGACCGAAUCGACUUUGUCAACGUAAAAGACCUUAUUAAGGGCAUGGAAAGACAGAAAUCUAACAAAGUAGACUAUCAGAAAGAGACAAAUGGCUUCCACAAGAAGAUUACAGAUAACGGUCACGAUAAUUGUCACGAGAAGAAGACUGAUUCUGAACCAGAGAAGCCCGAACCAGACGUUAUUCCGCAAAAGACUGAGAAGACCGAGGACAACGAUGAAAAGACCGAAAAGACCAUUGAGAAAACUGAUAGUACGGAGUCGACCGAGUCUUCUCUAUCGAGGAGUAACAGUUUGAUUAACGGGGUACCUGUUCAGGUGCCAAAGCCGAUGCCCAGAUCCUCGAUUUCGGAGCCAGGGUCCAUGGAGGAGCAUUCGGAGGUGCCCAAACCAAAGCCUAGGACUACAACAGUACCUGGGUCUGGCUACAAGGUACAUGAGCCUCGUCUUGGACCGAAGCCGUUCUCAGCGGCUACUGGCAACGAAGAUUUCUCGUUCGAUAAAGUCUUCUCAGUGCCAGCUGUGCCUGGACUCACCAAAUCUGAUUCAGCAUCAUCUCCAGUGUCUGGCCAGGCGACUACCCCGACUGCUACAUCGACGCCUACUGCCAAGGACGGCAGCGAAGAGAAAGACAAGUCGUUGUCUCCCACUAGCGAUGUGGAAAUCGCACCUAAUAAAGAAGAAUACACAAAUGGCAAGUCGGACACGAGUUUAGAAGAAGAGGUGAAUUCUUCUGACUCCGGCUACCGCCCGAAGACGCCAAGCACAGCGGAACGAAGGAAAAUGUUUGAAAAUACUGACGGUGCCCAGUCAAUAGCUGACCGUCGUCGUGCGUACGAGUCGAGAUCCGUGAGCGUCGCCGUCGAGUCCGAUACACCGCCGUCGCCCGCUCCUCUUAGACGUCGAGAUUCGCUGAAAUCCCGCAAAAGUCCAGACCGCGAAGAUAAGAGGGCUUCGGUACCUAAUGUCACUACAAAGAGGACCUCCACUGUAUUUGGCAAAGUAUCGAAAUUCCGCCACUUGAAGGGAACUCCUGGCCAUAAGUCGACUCAGUUGGAGAAUAUCAAGAACAUUAGCAGACAGAUAUCUGGGGAAUGCAACGGUUUCUAUGCGAACGGCUACCGUUGCGCGGUCCCGCUGGGCGGCGGCGGCGGGCGGGUCGGCGUGCUGGAGCUACCUACGGGGGCUACCCGUGUCGCAGUGGCCCGCAACGGGCCGGGCGCGCCGCGCGUGCCCGCGCUGCUGCACCCCGCGCCGCUGCAGGACUGGGCCUGGGACCCCUUCCGACCCACGCGUCUACUCGUCGCCUGCGACGACGGACUCGUGCGCGAGUGGAUCAUACCUGAAGACGGACUACAAGAAUCAACCAACGAGCCGGCUCGUACGUUCUCGGCUCACCCGGACAAGAUCUACAUAAUACGGUUCCACCCGACCGCGUCAGAUUUACUGACCACUGCGGCUCACGACUUGAGUGUAAAGAUCUGGGAUUUGAACCCGGAGACUCCCGUGGCAGCCAUUAUAUUGACUGGCCACACCGAUCAGAUAUUCGCGUUGGACUGGUCACCUUGUGGAGAGUAUCUGGCUACUGUAUGCAAAGAUGGACUUAUAAGGGUGUACAAGCCCCGGUCGUCGACGGAGCCGAUAGCGAGCGGGCCGGGCCCGGCCGGCAGCCGCGGCGCGCGCGUCGUCUGGGCCCUCAACGGGACGCAUCUCGUCGUCACCGGCUUCGACAAAGUAUCAGAGCGUCAGAUCCUGCUAUACAAGGCUAGCGACCUGUCUGCGCCCGUGUGCACGGUGGGACUGGACGUGUCCCCCGCCAUACUGCAGAUACACAUCGACCACGACUCCGGCACUCUGUUCCUCACAGGACGGGGCGACUCGACGAUCUACUGCUACGAGGUGACGAGCGAGGCGCCCCACCUGUGCGCGCUGUCCCACCACCGCUCGCCCACGCUGCACCAAGGGAUCGCCUUCCUGCAGAAGAAUCUAGUCGCUGUUGAAAAGGUGGAAUUUGCAAGAGCUCUACGACUGACUAAUGGAACAGUCGAGCCUUUGUCUUUCACCGUACCCAGAAUAAAGAGCGAGUUGUUCCAAGACGACCUGUUCCCGCCGACGCUGGUGACAUGGGAGGCGUGGCAGGGCGCCCGCGCCUGGUUACACGGGGACCCUGUCACUCCGCGCAUCGUCAGUCUGCAGCCGCCCGGCAUGGAGCCAUUAUCGGCGCAUACCGCGGCGUCGCCCGUGUCCCGCGAGGCCCGCGACAAGCCGGCCGCCACCAAGCCCAAGCCCGACCUCAUCAAGUCGCACGUCCCGCAGGAUACCAAGGCUAAGGAGGACAGCAUAAUGAAAUCCAUUAGCGCCAAAGUGCAGAUGAAUUUGAAACUGGAGCAAGACAGUAUGGAAGGUGUCGACGAAUCCGAAUGGGAUCAGUGAAAGGUAACCCGACUAAAUCAAGUGCAAUUGAACAACUCUAGCUUGUAGUGUUAUUUAGAGGCUCCCGUAAUCGGUCGCGUUAUAUGUACAACGACUGAUCGCCCGUAGACUGAUUUUGGCGGUACGAAUAUAGAUAUUUGCUUGAAAAUUUAAUGUGUAUUUAAAGCAUACUUUCAGAUAUGAUAAUGAUUUUGUUAUAAAAAUACAAUUAAAUAUGUGAAGAUGUCAAAAAAGAAUGUAUGAUACAAUGAAAAACUUGUUUAGUUUAUAAAUUGUCACAAUAGGAGUACAAGUAAGGCGGAACGGCAAGUAUUUUUAAUAGAAAAUGAUAAGUUAACUAACAUUUGAACUCAGUACAGUUAUUCACUUAGUCAAAUCCGAAGAUAUAGACCUGCAUAGAAGAAUGCAAGUUCUUCGUUACGGUAGUAGUAUGAAUUAUUUAUUGUUGAAAAUUAUUCCUAUCUCUAUACGUACCGUCAAAUCUAAAACAAUGAAAUAGCACCCCUCGCAAACGAAAUUUAACUUUUUAUACCUAACAAUAAACUUGGGAUUUCAAAAUAUUUUAUAGAAAUUUUUCCAGUGGAUCCCAUUUUUUACAUUUUAAUCUUAGAUAUCAAAUAGUCGUGGUAAUGUAGAGCCCUAGUGUUAUACGUCGGCGCAUAAGUCCAAUAAUAUGUACUGAUUAUAGUUUUUAAGUCCACUGUCAAAAUAUACAUUCAGAUUUGAAAAUGGGAGUCUUCGGGAUAAAAAAUUGACCGCGAGGCGACGAAAUGGGGAAACAUAGACAUAGUAUUUAAUUUGAACUAGAUAUCUUAUAUUUGAAAUCGGUCAGUGCAAUUUUGGUGGUAGAAUUGUAAUUGGUUGUUAUAAAGCUCCUUACUAGACGUCUCCCAUUUCCAAAUUGGAAUGAUUAUUAAAAUAUCAAGUCACUGCUCACGGCCAGUCACAUUCUCAUCGCCGCACUGCUGAUAAAUUAUUUGCUGUAAUGCUAAACUCGUGAUCUCAUUGAUAUUCGACCAAAACUUAACCAACCAUGCUCAUAAUGCUCACUUAACGCGUUUAUUAUUGACCCACAAUUUGUUCUAAUAAUUACUAGCAAAAUGCUCAAAAUUCCAUUUAAAAGGACACAAAUUUUAGUCGACUAUUGUCAGUAAACUCCAAUCGAUACAUUUAGUAUCGAUACAUCCAAUAUCGAUACAUUCAGUGUCGAUACAUUCAGUAUCGAUACAUUUCGUAUCGAUUUCAAACUCGAUUAUCGCAUAAAGUUUUUAUUAAACAAAUAGGUCAGCGCAACAUUCCUACAUUUUGCCAUAAAAUGCAUUUAUUUAUAUUGCGUAUGCGUAUUUACUUUAUGUAUGAAAUAACGAAAAAUAUUGAAUAUACGUAUGAUUUGUAUGUAAUACUUGUAUGUAAGGAUGUGUAGGGUAUUCAUACUUAUUAGGGAAUUGACAUUUUAUGAUGUAACCGAUAUUCUAUAGUCACCAUUAAUAUUGCUAGAAAUAACACUGGCUUGUGAUCAUUGGAAAUCUAUGAUUUCAUUUACAAGAACCGACUAAAAGUAUACUAAAUAUAUUACUUAACUGAAAAUAAAAGGUUUGCAAUGAUCACUAAGUUAGUUUGGAGAUACAUUGAAGAUGGAGCCUGUAAACUAACGCCCAAUACUCAAAUGCUACUCAAUUUUAAGUUGUACUCAAAUAUCGUGCUAUCUCUGUCAUUUUAUAAAGAAUUGAUAGUGACAGAACUACAUUUGAGAGCGUCUUAAAAUUGAGUAGCGUUUGAGUAUUCGGGCAUAAGUCUUCUAGAUUCCCCAGUUACUUCCAAUAGAUAACCAAAUUAUUAUUUCUUGCACUUAGUAUAUCUCUUCUUUCUUAUAUCUAGUUAUUAUAAAAUCUCUCUUAAUAAAGUGACCCAUUCUAAACAGGACUCCAUCUUCCUUGCAUUUCCUUCUUAGUCUUUGUAUAUGAAAAAAAAAAAUAUCUGUAACUAAUGAAAGCGCGACUUAGUACCGCUAGUUGAUGCCAUAAACACACCACUUUUUGCUCAAAACGCCAAAGACUAUGUUUUUCUUGUCAAUAUGUUGAAAUUGUAUUAGUUUAUAUUUUAUUUUGAAAACUUUUAUGGGAUGUGUGAAGUAACUGCUACAGCGAGAUUCGUCGUCAGUCGAAAAUAUUUAUUUAAAGUCAAAAUGAGACUUGGCGAGACUGCGAAAGUUACUACACCGUCUCAACCCUAUUUCUCUAUUACGAAAAUGUCUGUCUUUGUUCCAAUCGACAGAAAUAUCUAGAUAGCUAGAUUUUGUACCUAGUAUUAAAAAGGAAUCUCAUUUUUAAAUUAUGUAUGUAUUAAAUAUUCCCAUUCAAAAUUAAACUUUAAAGUCAUGAAAUUAAAAGUUAAAGCGCAUCAAUAGGCCUACAAGAGCGAGUAUGAUGUAUGUAGUGUCCUCUCACUCGCACUCACCAAGUAAGAGUGAGACAAAAGUCAGGGACGUCAUACUCAAGCUUUCGUAUUUUACUUAAAUAUUUACGAAUAGGUGUAAUUUUUAUUCACUAGUCAAAAAUAUAUACUUUAAAUGGGAAGAUUCUUAAAAAUAUAUUCAAAAUGUAUUACUUUAUGAUUAAUUUAUGAUUAAGAUUUCUAUGUAUAUUUUUAGUUUAGAUUUUGAGCGGUUUGUUGUCGGUGGGAUUUUAAAAAUACACAAAAUAAUUAAAUAUUAAUCUAGUACAAUUAAUUUUACUAACAGUUAAUAAUUGAACAACAAAUCACUAAAAGAUAAUAAACCAAUCAAAAACCGACCUUAUCUCCUAUGGAAAAUGUUCAAAAUAUUACCGACAGCAAACAGACGCUUCAUACUACUGCACACUAUAUUCAUAUCAAACUAAAGAAAUCACCACAUUAUAUCGUUUGCUAGUAAGAACGCACCUUUGGUAACAAGUAUAUUUAACAGUAUCUUUUAAGAGCAAGAGAUAAAUGAAAUUUUAUAUGAGGGUGUGGUCUCAGUAACAGCGGGUACAUAAGCUGAGCGGAUAUUGUAAGACUGGAUUUCUACCAUAACUCAUUUUGUAUUAUAACUAUCGUACCAAUGACAUGAUAAAUUAAUAAGGUAUAUGGCUUACUCACGUUCUAAUAUUUUGACUCAACUAGUUUCAAGUCAUCCAGGAGCCCAUAAUCAUGAGCAAUACUUGCGACAAAUAUCCCAUCUGUUUACAAAUUUCAUUCGUCUAUUUGGGAAAUAAUAGUAUUAGAUAAUUUCAUUACCAUAACUUCAACCGCCCUGGACGAGGCGAGAGGGAGUGUCAGACUCUUACUGACUAAAAACCACCCCGUUCCUACUCCUGCUUUUCGAGCCGGAGCCCCGGUACACCCGCUAGGUAGUCCGCAGCUCCGGAUAGAAUACACAUAUGCCAUUACUUUUUGGGAUACAAAUAGGAAUAUGAGAUAAAGCCAAUAUUAAAGUGUCAAAUUGUUACCCGAAUCGUGCCCGCUAGUACACAGACCACACCCUAAUCAGUCUCACCACCAUUUUAUUAAUUCUCAUUGUUUGUGAGUUUUAAAUCAAAAGUAGAAUUUAUUUGACGGUUUCUUAUUAUUCAAGUUAAUGUGUACUCAGCGAUAAUACUUUGUUAAGUGAAAUUUUAAAAUAUCUGUUGACUUAACACUCGAAUUUGUAAUCUAAAUAGACAAAUGAGUAUAAUUUAACAAUAAACGCCCAAGACAAAAUAAUGAUGAUAAUAUUUAUCUAAGAAAAGUUGGUGUAAUUUGUCUUAGCGCUAGGUAUAUCCAAUUUUAAGUGUGGGAGAGCCAGUUCGUCCUGAGUGAUACCACGGCCUCACAGAAAACCGACGUGAAACAACGCUUGCGUUGUGUUUCGUUGGGUGAGUGAGAUUACCGGAGGCCCAAUUAUCCGCCCUUCCCAAUCUUCCCAACCCCGAUUCCCCAACAAUCCUUAAUUUCCUAACCCCCAAAAGGCCGGUAACGCACUUGUAACGCCUCUGGUGUUUCGGGUGUCCAUGGGCGGCGGCGAUUGCUUACCAUCAGGUGAUCCGUCUGCUCGUUUUCGUUAAAAAAAUUGUAUUGACGCUAUGUUUAUUAAUAGCAGUAGAUAUUACAAGAGUACCAAACUAAAAACUUGUGUGUUCUUUAAGAAAUCGUCAAAUAUGUUUAUGCACAAAGUGUUACCUGCAUUAAUUUGCUCUCUAAAUCCCUUACCAAAGUUGUGAAAUGACAAUAAAUUGAUUUUGUAACGUGAACCUUCCUCGUCACCCCUAAAAUAGUUUCGUCCAAAACGCUAAAUGUAUUUAUGUAUGUAAUACGUAAAAUUGCUACAAAAUUGGGAAUCUAGUGCCAAUAUUUCUUUUUUUGUUUCAUUAUUGUGAAAUCGGCGUUAGAUGUGUUGAAUCUUUUCCCUAAUCCUUUUUCGAUAACAUUGAUAGAGCUAGCAGGCAACAAGAAAUGUGUGAACUUUUUUCUAACAGAUGACAUUGAGGAUUGGCGCCAAAACAUCUGUCAAUUUUAUCGAAGGAGGUUACAUGUAAUGUAAUAUAAUGAUCACAGACGAUACCCUCAUUGUGUGAGUGCGUGUAAUUUUUGUAUUUUUGGAUGUUGUAAACCUACAGAUAUCCUAGCGUUAAGGCUCAAUAUUUGGAGAUAUUUUUAUUAUUUUGCAUUUUUUUAUUAAACUCUUGCUAAAUU